UUUCUAUUACUACUCCGCAUUUCCGCCCCUGUUCGUGGCGGAGUCCCUCGCUUCCUCCGCUCCGCUCCUUCUCGCCUCUUCCCCUCUGGUGCCGCUCCUCCCUCCUUGUGGUGGGCUGGGGCGGAGAUCCUCGGUUUCUUCUUUUGCUGCUUCGUGCUCAGGUCCUGGAAAUUUUGUCACCUCUGCAGUGCAGAGGAGGUUCGACUCACCGUUGGGUGUCCGCAGGCGGUACAUCAACUAGACGACAUGUCAGGUGGUAGACAAUCAUACUGGUGCUACCAAUGCAGACAGCGGGUGAGACCUCAUGGCCGGGAGAUGGUGUGCCCCUACUGUGAUUCCGGAUUUGUGGCUGAAAUGGAUGAUGUGGAUGCUCUCAUGAGCCACUUCAUUGAGAUGGAUCCCGAUUUCCAUCGUGACCCAAGGUUCGGGAUCAUGGAGGCAAUCUCCACCGUGAUGCGACAUGGUAUGGCGGGGAUGAAUAGGGAGGUUGAUGUCAGAGGAAGGCCAAACAUAAUUUCUGACCUGGAAAUGGAGUUUGGCUCAGGGCCAUGGUUGCUCUUCCGGGGCCAGCUCCCUGGUCAUCUCUCAGAGGACAAUGGUUUCGACAUGUUCAUUAAUGGACGGCGUGGUGUUGGCAUGCGGAGGGCAAACAUUGCAGACUACUUUGUUGGACCUGGAUUGGAUGAUCUCAUUGAGCAGUUGACUCAGAAUGAUCGUCGAGGACCACCACCUGCCGCCCAGUCCUCGAUUGAUGCUAUGCCCAUUGUUAAGAUCGCUCAAAGGCAUCUCAGUGGAGACUCACACUGCCCUGUCUGUAAGGAGAAGUUCGAGUUGAGUUCAGAAGCGAGAGAGAUGCCAUGCAAGCAUUUAUACCACUCCGACUGCAUAGUUCCUUGGCUAGAGCAACAUAAUUCCUGCCCUGUUUGCCGUGAUGAGCUGCCAACACAGGAUUCUACUGGAGCAAGUUUCUCACGAGCAAGUUUCUCACGCUCAAGAUCGAUCAGCCAAAGCCAAAGCUCAAGUAGUUCAAGCACUCGUGGGAGAACCAAUGGGCGUCGAAGGAACCUGUUCUCGUUCAUGUGGCCUUUCCGCCCGUCAAGUUCUAGCUCUAGUUCUCGUUAGACUAGUCUGGUAAUCUGGCUGGAGUUCACAAUACUGUUUUAGUUAAUAUGCUGCUCUAAUGGGCUUUUAUGUGUGGGAUCUUACUGCGCAAUCUGUAUUGUAUGGCUUGUUAUGAUCGCCACCGCCACAUAAUGUUUUUCGUGCAAGUAUAUUAUUUUGCUACAGUUUCAUAGCUA